GUAGGCAAGAUCAACGAGGGAAAAAUUCGGACCUGACCAACCAGAUAAGGCGUGGGGUGGGCGUAAAGGCGUGAUUUUUUUACCGAAGAGAUGAGCGUGACUAUAGGGCGCCUGGACCACGACUUGUCUCAGGGGGAAGGUCCUCGCCGUUUCCCGUUUAAGUGAUGACAACGGAGCGGCAAUGCGGAGGCCGUUCAUUCUAAUGAUACCGCAAUCAAACCCACUCCUCUAGGGGGGAUUUUAACAUCACAGCGCCCAGUGCUUAGAAAAGCAACCAGACCUCCAUCGGCAAACAUCAGCGGCUGUGUGUCCGUGUUGUGGCCGGUUGGCAUGGUGUUGGAAGGCAGUUCUGAGGCUCUGUGCCCCCCUCCCUCCCUGGAGCUCCGUUCCCCCUGCAAGAAGGGCCAGCCCCCCCCUCCACUGGGGUCCAUUACUCACCCCCACCAGGGCCUGUAUCCAGGAGACAAGGAACCUGUCAAAUACGGAGAGCUCAUUGUGCUGGGGUAUAAUGGCUGCCUGGCCAAUGGCGAUAAAGGUCGAAGGAGGAGUCGUCUUGCCCUUUACAAAAGGCCCAAAGCCAACGGGGUCAAGCCUGACGUCAUCCACAACAUCUCUACUCCACUGGUCUCAAAGGCUCUGAGUAACAAAAGCCAGCACAGUAUCUCAUACACCCUGUCCAGGAGCCACUCAGUCAUCGUGGAGUACACGCACGACAGUACCAUGGACAUGUUCCAGAUUGGGCGCUCCACGGAAAGCAUGAUCGACUUUGUGGUGACGGACACGUCGGGCAGCGGGCAGGGGGGCGGGGGGGGAGAGGGGGGGCAGUCGGCACAGAGCACCAUCUCCCGCUACGCCUGUCGCAUCCUGUGUGAGCGCAGCCCGCCCUACGCCACCCGCAUCUACGCCGCCGGGUUCGACUCCUCCAAGAACAUCUUCCUUGGGGAGAGGGCGGCAAAAUGGCGGACAUCCGACGGCUUGAUGGACGGACUCACCACCAAUGGGGUGCUGGUUAUGCACCCGGCCGGGGAGUUUGUCGGGGAGCCGGCCCCCGGGGUGUGGAGGGAGAUCUCGGUGUGCGGGAACGUCUACGCCCUGCGGGAGACCCGCUCCGCCCAGCAGAGAGGGAAACUGGUGGAGAACGAGUCCAACACGCUGCAGGACGGCUCGCUGAUCGACCUGUGCGGGGCGACGCUGCUGUGGCGGACGCCGGCGGGGCUUCGGCGCACGCCCACGCUGAAGCAGCUGGAGUCGCUGCGGCAGGAGCUGAACGCGGCGCGGCCGCAGUGCCCCGUGGGCUUCAACACGCUGGCCUUCCCCAGCCUGGCGCAGCGCCAGACCGUCGACAAGAAGCAGCCCUGGGUCUACGUCAACUGCGGCCACGUGCACGGCUACCACAACUGGGGCUUCCGCCGGGAGAGGGGGGCCGGGGGGGGCGCGGGGGGGUCGCUGGCGACCACCGGCGAGCGGGAGUGCCCCAUGUGCCGGCGGGUGGGGCCCUACGUCCCGCUGUGGCUGGGCUGCGAGGGGGGGCUCUACCUGGACGAGGGCCCCCCCACCCACGCCUUCUGCCCCUGCGGCCACGUGUGCUCGGAAAAGACAGUGCGGGGGUGGAGCCAGGUGCCCCUCCCCCACGGGACGCACGCCUUCCACGCCGCCUGCCCCUUCUGCGGCACCUGGCUGACCGGAGAGCAGGGCUACAUUAAACUCAUCUUCCAAGGGCCGCUGGACUGAGAGAGAGAGAGCUGUGGGGCGUGAGGUGUGGGGUGUGGGGGGGUGGGGCGUGGUAGAGAAGAGAGUGAUGGACAGCAGCCAUAUGGGGGAGUAGAGAACAAAGGUGUGUGUGUGUGUGGGGGG